CUGGAAAGAAAACAUCAAGGAUUAGGAAUAGGAAGCUACACGUGCAGACCUGCUUUGAAGCCGAAUUAUAACAAUUUGACUUCACACGUAGAAUUUUUGGUUUUUUAUUCGUCUGACUGCAGACGAUAAGAAAAGAUGGCUGAAAGUAGUGGUGCCCAGCUUCAAAUAAAACUCGUCACAAAACAAUCAAUAUAUGCCGUGCCUGACAUCCCAUACUCGGUCCCUUCUGAAAUUGUUUGUGCAGAGUUGAAUACUCUUGUCAACGAGCUCUUAAAAGAGACAGUAAGUGGUGGUUCCGUCGAAUUCGAUUUUCUGGUGCAUGGAGAGCUCCUGCGGACACCAUUGGUUGACCAUUUGUCUGAGAGACAAGUCUCCACGGAAGAGGUCGUUCUCAUCGAGUAUGUCGAAAGAUUUCCUGCGCCUGAACCAACUGAUUGUCUUGAACACGAUGACUGGGUGUCUGCAGCACAGUCAUGUGGAAAAUGGAUUUUGUCUGGAAGCUACGACAGCACAUUGCACCUGUGGAAUCGGAAAGGAGAACACUUGCUUACAAUUCCAGGCCACACUGGAGCUGUGAAGCAAGUUUCUUGGGUUGACAUUGGUGGCGAAAUCUGCUCGUUUGUGAGCGCCUCUCAGGAUCAAACUGCCAUGAUUUGGCAAUGGAAUCAAACCUCCAACUCUGUGGAAUGUGUGCACGUUUUGCGGGGACACGAAAGAGGACUAGAGUGUCUCGCCGUCGACCCCACUCACACGUACAUCGCUACUGCCGGCUGGGACAAGGUCAUUAAACUGUGGUCUACAAUAGACGGCUUAACCGACGGAGAAUCAUCGCCGAAAAAGAGCAAGUUUGACACAAAGGUUGCAACAAACUUUUAUGCGUAUGAAAAUUAUUUAUAUGUAAUUUUACAGUCAUCUCUGAUGAACUUCGAAGGCCACAAAGAGGCGGUGUCCGCAGUUCAGUGGUCGGAGGACGGUGAAAUGAUCAGUGCCUCUUGGGACCACACCAUCAAGGUUUGGGACGCUGAGUUGGGAGGGAUAAAGAGUGAGAUUGUGGGCAACAAGAGCUUCUUUGAUCUUCAUUGGUCGCCCCUGACCAGAACUGCCCUCACCGCCUCUGCAGACAGACACGUUAGACUUUACGACCCCCGAUCAACAGAGGGAGCUCUUGUGAAGUGCACAUUCACUUCUCACACCGAGUGGGUCCAGACUGUUAGGUGGUCGAGUAAUUUGGAGUAUCACUUCAUUUCUGGCUCUUAUGACAAGCAGGUCAAGCUUUGGGACACUAGAAGUCCAAAGGCCCCUCUGUUCGAUUUGUCAGGCCACCAGGACAAGGUUCUCUGCUGCGACUGGAGCAAUCCAGAAUACAUCAUCUCUGGAGGCGCCGACAGUUCGUUGCGGGUCUUCAAAUCAAAGAUUGCGUUUGCUGCUUAGAGGCGUAAUUCACUUAAAAGAUAUUGGCAAUCAUUUGCAAACAAAAAAUUAUGACUGACAUGAGAGGUAUGAAAAUUAAGUUGUAAUUUGGUCUCCCGUUCUGAAUAAAAUAUUAAAUAUGA